AGAAAUCACAAAACCUAACUUUCCAUCUUUCCCCUUCUCUAACAUGCCGCUUUCAACUCUGUAUUGUGUUGAAACCUGAAACAUUCAUUCAAUGGUGUCUGACCGCACGAGCCAGGUUUCUUACUUCUUGUUUGGUUGGUGAGAAAAGUUUUGCUUUCUUUCCAGCACCAGUUAAAGAGGCAAAGGCAAGGCAGAGGAAUAGAUCUCUUUGGAUAUUUCUGGAUAUUUAGUGUUCGUAUGUUGGACAGAACCUCAUGGCCUGCAAAUCCCUAGCCAGUGCUGCCGCCGACUCACAACGAUCUUUACCUACUCCGUUUCUUACGAAAACCUAUCAGCUCGUCGAUGAUCCUUCCGUCGAUGACUUGAUUUCAUGGAACGAAGACGGAUCAGCUUUCAUCGUUUGGCAGCCCGCGGAAUUCGCCCGUGAUUUGCUCCCUAAAUACUUCAAACAUAACAAUUUCUCCAGCUUCGUGCGCCAACUCAACACAUAUGGAUUUAGGAAGGUAGUGCCGGACCGAUGGGAGUUUGCUAACGAAUGUUUUCGAAGAGGUGAUAAGGGACUUCUCCGAGACAUACAGCGCCGUAAAAUAACUCCUGCUGCUUCGGCGACAGUGACCAUUGCGGCUCCUCCUCCUAAGGUAUCACCCUCGCCCUCGAACUCGGGAGAUGAGCAGGUAAUCUCGUCGAACUUGCCUCCUGUCGCCUCCAUUGUGCAUCGGAUCACGAGCUGCACGACAACGUCGGAGCUUUUAGAGGAGAACGAGAGGCUUAGAAAAGAAAACACUCAGCUGAGCCGUGAGUUGGCUCGGUUGAAGGGAUUAUGUAACAAUAUAUUUACUCUGAUGACCAACCAUGCUUCCAGUCUGUUGGAGAAUCAUUCAAAUCUGGCAGAAGGAAUGGCGUUAGAUAUAUUAUCAAAGAGGAAUUCGGCGAGUACUACGGAGGGUAGUAGUCCGAAGGAGGUAACGGCGGCGGCAGAGAAUGUGACGCCGAAGUUAUUCGGAGUUUCCAUAGGGGUGAAGCGCGUGAGGAGAGAAGGGGAGGAUCGGAAUAAUAAUCAAGUACGGAAGCAGGAUGUUGAACCUGGGUCUAAGGUUAGAGAAGAGCCGUGGAUAAAAAGUCAACGUGGCUGGAGCUUGGGAGAUGAUCAAGCGAUAUGCAAUGCUAUUUGAUUCGGAAGCAUGGGUGAUGUGACGGUAUUGAAGAGGGACGUGGUCAUUCUUCGAGGAAUCACGUGUUUGGAACGUGACACGUGGGUGAGGAAGAAUUUGUUCUGGGUGCUUCUGGAAUGUUAGAAUCCCAGUUGUGGAGACAUCGGGAUCGAAAAGAGCGAUGUUGUAAAGCAAAAGCCGCCUCGACGAAAAGGAUGGGUCCCGAUUUCCAUUGGAGUUACAAAUGAAAGGUUCUAUAUUGUUCUAGAUUUGACUUACAAAUGUACAUUUUACUCGACAUUUCAUUAACAUAAUUUAAUUAGAAACAAGAGUUUAUUGUCUUCUUGUUGUGACCUUGUUU